AUGCAAUUUGCUGUUUCUACUGACCUAGAGCUCAACUAUUUUGUACUUGAACAAGAGGGGAAAAUAUUUAAGAGUUUCUACCCAAAAACUUUCAUUGAGUUAUUCGGCUUAGAAGAUAUUAAUGACCAGAAAGAUGCUAAGUCAAGGUACCUGAAGAGCAUAAUCGUUAAGGUUUUGGGUCCUGAGAACCUCAAGGAGAAACUCCUGUGUAAUAUGGAUGAAGAAAUUCGUAAGCGUCUCUGUUUGUGGUCUGCUAAAGAAUCCAUAAUUGACCUCAAAGAUUCAAUCUCAACUCUUUUCUUCGAUGUCAUAGCCAAGACUUUGAUAAGCUAUGAUCCUUCAACAACAACAAUAGACUUAAUGAGAUAUCUUAAAGUUUUUAUAAGCUCAGUGUUCUCCUUUCCAUUUAACUUUCCUGGAACUGCUUAUCAUAGGAGUUUGCAGGGGCGGAAGAUUGUGAUGAAUUUGCUGAAAACUUUACUUUCAGAGAGGAUGAAAUCACCAAGAAAAGAAAGCAAGGAUUUUCUCGAUCUUUUAGUUGACGAACUCGGGAAAGAAAACUCCAUGUUAACAGAGAAAUCAGCUUUAAAUUUAAUAUUUGUUCUUCUAAUUGCAAGCUUUGUGUCAAGUUCUCAAACAAUUUCUCUUGCUACUAAGUUUCUCAGUGAGGAUCCAAAAAUUUUGAAAGAUCUAACCGGAAAACCUGAAUCAAAUUGCGGAGAGAAGAACUACUUAGUUUUUGGUGGAGGGAUUAGGUAUUGUGUUGGUGCUGAAUUUAGCAAAAUGGAGAUGGCUAUUUUUCUCCAUUACUUUGUUACUAAGUGCAAGUGGAAGGAUGUUAAAGGUGGAAAUAUAGUAUGCUCUCCUAGUUUAGAGUUUCCUGAUGGCUAUCACAUCCAAGUUAUGCCUAAAAAUGUUCGAGUAUUAUAG